CUCCUUUACUCUUCCUAUAAAAACCAACAUCCUUCGUCUCCUUCCAUGUACCACAAAACAAUUACUCUUAAACCCUUUCCAUACAUUAUAAUGGCAACUUCUAAGCCUUUGCUUGCUUCACUUGUCAUCUCUCUUCUUCUUCUUCUUCUUCUUCUUCAUCUUGUGGGAGCUGAUAACAUGCUGAACACAGAUGCAGCACUUGGUUCUCCCACUUCGCAAAUCGACUGUGGAGGAGCAUGCAAUGCCAGGUGCCGUUUAGCAUCCAGGCAACGACUGUGCAAAAGAGCUUGUGGAACUUGUUGUGCACGUUGCAACUGUGUUCCUCCAGGAACCGCUGGUAACUACGAGGUCUGCCCCUGCUACGCCAGCUUAACCACCCACGGUGGCCGACGCAAGUGCCCUUGAAACAACCUACCUUUGAUCAUGUUUCUCUCAUCCAUGCCACUGCUUGUGGAAUGAAGUGUGUGUAUGUACGCGUGCGUGCGUGCGUGUGUGUAUAUGUAUACAUAUACAUAUAUAUAUAUAUAUAUAUAU